UGUAGAACGGCUGUAGGAGGAACUCGCGCCUGCGCCAAGAGGAUCCGGUGGCGCAUUUGUCGCUCAGGCCGGCGAAGGGGCGUCUUAAGUGGCGGGCGGUGGUGACUUUAGACGCGGCUUCUUCGCUGAGACGGGCCAAGGGACGGCUGAGAGGGCUUGGAUUAGACCGGUGAAGAAGUCGAGGCACGGUAGAUCAGAGCCCUUCAAAUUUAUGCUUAAGGAGGGUCCCUUUCCGUCUCUUCCUUGCCGGAGCACUUGCCUGCCUGACUUCGCGUAUCCUCCCUUAGCCUGGCAAAGAUCUUUAAAGAAGUGCCUUGAAGUUCUGUUUCUCUUGAUGACUAACAACAUUCCUCUUGAUGCAGUUGGUAGAAGAAUCCUUUGCAAUGGAGAUGUUGGAACAGUUCUCUAUGUCGGCAGUGUUCCUCCUACUACAGGAAUUUGGCUUGGAGUGGAAUGGGAUAACCCUCAAAGAGGAAAACAUAAUGGAAGUCAUGAAGGAAUACAAUAUUUCAAAUGUAGGCACUCCACAGGUGGGUCCUUUAUCCGUCCAAACAAAGCACAUUUUGGAGUAGAUUUUCUUUCUGCUGUCAAGGAGAAGUAUGGAGCAAAUGAAGAUGAUCAAGAUGUUGAACAUGGAACAGAAACAUUGUUAGUUUUUAGAAAGAAGGCUGUGGAAACUGUUGGAUUCAAUUCCGUUAAAGAGAAACAAAAGCAGCUGAAUACUUUGAGUGAUAUCUCAGUAGAUGAAUGUGCAGUAAGUCUUGCAGGUCAAGAUGGAGAAAUCAGAAGAACAUGCCCCAACAUCACACGAAUAGAUCUAUCAAAAAAUCUUUUGUCAUCUUGGAAAGAGGUAGUAGCUAUUGCUUGCCAACUUGAAAAACUAGAAACUCUUAAUCUCAGUGACAACAAAAUGAGAUUUCCAUCUACUCCACUGCCUGCUUCAACAGCGUUUUGCAAACUGAGGGUACUAGCGCUCAAUCGAACAAGAGUGACAUGGGCUGAGGUUCUUUUGUGUGCUGCAGGAUGGCCAGCUCUUGAAGAACUAUCUCUUGCUUCUAAUGAUAUUUCUCUUUUAGAAAGACCUGUUGAUGUUCUGCAAAACCUGAAAUGGUUAGAUCUUUCAUACAACCAUCUAGAUGAAAGUCAACUUCAUCUGAUUGCAGAUCUUCCCAGGUUAGAAAGGCUAAUACUUUUAAACAAUGGAAUUUCUUCUAUAUGUUUUCCUGAUGCAGGAUUUGGCUGCAAGACUAAAAUGUUUCCUUCCAUAACACAUCUUGUAUUAAAUGGCAAUAGAAUUGCAGAAUGGUCAGUUUUUAAUGAACUUGAUAAACUGCAAAGGCUUCAGUCAUUGGAUUGUCGGAACAACCCUGUGAUGGAUACAGAGGAGAACAGAGAGACUGUGAAACAGCUUAUUAUCGCUAAAAUAGGCCAGCUAAAGUUUUUGAACAAGUCUGAGAUCUUUCCAGAAGAAAGAAAGGGAGCAGAACUUGAUUAUAGAAAGAAAUAUGGACUUGACUGGUUAAAGGCUGGUGGUAAUCAGGAUCCAAACAAAAACCAUCCAAGUGAGGAAUUCCUUGCUGCCCACCCCAGAUUCCAGUUGUUAUGUGAGAAAUAUGGUGCACCCGAAGAUGGAGAGCUGAAAAAAGAACAGCCUUUCUCCCUAAAAAAUCAGCUGCUGACGUUGACAUUUAAGUGUCCUGAUAAACCUGAACAGAAGCCCAUAGAGAAGAAGCUACCAGAUUCUAUGACUAUUCAAAAAGUCAAAGGAUUGCUGUAUCGGCUACUUAAAAUCCCAGGUUCAGAACUGAAACUAUCCUAUGAGAGUUCUAAAAUGAAAGGCAAAGAAUUUGAACUGGACAAUAACUUAAAGCCCUUGCAAUUCUACUCAAUUGAAAAUGAAGACUCCAUUCUGGUACGAUGGUAACAGCUGCCCUUAGCGAAUCAUUUGGAGAGUAGUUUUAUGCCACUUAGCAGAGCCUCUACAAUUAAGUCUAUAUGCUGAUUUGUAACUUGUGUGGAAGACCCUUGAUAUAAAAAAGGAAAGCAAUUUACUAGACAAGCUGCUAGAUCCUGCACCUUUGUUAAUAAAUAAUCUUCUUAAAACA